CGGCUGCCCGGUGCGCCCUCGCCCGAGGGCCAGCUGAGCGCGGACCGCCGGCGGCGGCGCGAGGUGGGCCCGGCCCGGCGCUGCCCUGGACAGCGGCAAGUUUGGGAGUUGCACUAGUUUGCGGGGUGGGGGAGAGGCCGGCUGGGGGGCCAUGGAGGAGGAGCGGGGGUCGUCGCUGGCGGCCGAGUCGGCGCUGGAGAAGAACGUGGCGGAGCUGACCGUCAUGGACGUGUACGACAUCGCGUCGCUCGUGGGCCACGAGUUCGAGCGAGUCAUCGACCAGCACGGCUGCGAGGCCAUCGCGCGCCUCAUGCCCAAGGUCGUGCGUGUCCUGGAGAUCCUGGAGGUGCUGGUCAGCCGCCACCACGUCGCGCCCGAGCUGGACGAGCUGCGCCUGGAGCUGGACCGUCUGCGCCUGGAGAGGAUGGACCGCAUCGAGAAGGAGCGCAAACACCAGAAGGAGCUGGAGCUGGUGGAGGACGUGUGGCGGGGGGAGGCGCAGGACCUCCUUUCUCAGAUCGCCCAGCUGCAGGAGGAGAACAAGCAGCUCAUGACCAACCUCUCGCACAAAGAUGCCAACUUCUCCGAGGAGGAAUUCCAGAAGCACGAAGGCAUGUCGGAGCGCGAGCGGCAAGUGAUGAAGAAGCUGAAGGAGGUGGUGGACAAGCAGCGCGACGAGAUUCGCGCCAAGGACAGGGAGCUCGGUCUGAAGAACGAGGAUGUGGAAGCUCUGCAGCAGCAGCAGACCCGGUUGAUGAAAAUCAACCAUGACCUCCGCCACCGUGUGACAGUGGUAGAGGCCCAAGGGAAGGCCCUGAUCGAACAGAAGGUGGAACUAGAGGCAGAUCUGCAAACCAAGGAACAGGAGAUGGGCAGCCUACGGGCAGAGCUUGGGAAGCUGCGAGAGAGGCUGCAGGGCGAACUCAGCCAGAAUGGAGAGGAGGAGCCCGAGACAGAGCCGGGCGGGGAGGAGUGCGUCUCGGAGGCGGAAAAGGUGGCCAUGGAUCUCAAGGACCCCAACCGCCCCCGGUUCACACUGCAGGAGCUGCGGGACGUGCUCCACGAGAGGAACGAACUCAAGUCCAAAGUGUUUCUGUUGCAGGAGGAGCUGGCGUACUACAAGAGUGAAGAAAUAGAAGAGGAAAAUCGAAUACCCCAACCUCCAGCAGUGGUCCACCCGAGAAUAUCCCCCCAGCCUGAGUCCGGGAUCAAGCGACUUAAAGAAGGUCCAUUAAGUGACGGGUUUAGCUUCUUCUCCCGAGACAAGAAGCGUCUGGCCAACACGCAGAGGAACGUGCACAUCCAGGAGUCCUUUGGCCAGUGGGCCAACUCCCACCGCGAUGAUGGUUACACGGAGCAAGGACAGGAAGCCCUGCAGCACCUGUGACCACAGCCCCCACCUCCCCCACCCCCCCGCCCUCGGACCGGAACUGUCCCCCGCCAGCACCCGCAGCGGAACCCGACAGCCCCAGGUGUCUCGACCUUGCACACCUCUGGGUUCAGAAGCACCCUCAGAACUGAUCCCUCAAACAGACUGUCUCCUUUGAGGAAGCACACUGAAAAACUGACACCAAACUCGAAAGACAUGUUUAUUUAUACCCAGGGCUCUCACCAUUUAUAAUAGAUGACUGAUCCCUUAGGAUAUAUAUUUAAUAAUACCAUGAGCAGAGGCCAGACUUUUGCAUUAACUUCAGUAACAUAAGCUUCUUUAAGCCAAAUACAUCACAUGCACUGUAACUGCUGUUUGACUUGCUUUGUAUGAAAUUCUGUGUGUAGAGGUUUUAUUAACACAUUUAUUGUGCUCGAGUGGGAGGCAGGGAAGUGGUAGAUUCUCAUUAGAUCAUUCAGGAAGUUGUCAUGGUGGUAGCAUAAUAGGUAGGAGGCGUCCGUCAGAUAAGCGGAGCCUAUGAAGUCACCAGGCGAGCUGGCCCCACUUAGAUGGGAAGCAACGGAAAAUAGGGAUGACAGUCCCACCCAGAAACUGGAGAUGACUUGCAAGAGAGAGCCAGGGGUUCUUUUCUCACCUUGUUACUGACACUGCCUCGAGCAUGUAGCAAGUGCCUUGGAAUCAGCUGAGUUAUGCAGUACUAACCAAACAAAGUUGCUAAGGAUGAGACAUUGCAACCUUUCUCGUUUCUCAUUUGUAUUUUCCCCCCCCCUUGGCUUCUUUCUUCCUUUUAGCCUCCCAUGUAUCAAACACUUGGUCUCCUAUAAAGAAGACAAGUGUGCUGGAGUGGAUUUGGAAUGGGGUGGAGGAGCCUAGGGGAUACAGGACUUGGGGGAAGGAGGGAGGCUCGCCAGUGCGAGGGUGGUGGGUGAAGCGAUUGCUUGGGGACCACAUGUUGGGCUGACUCAUGGGGCUGGGGUGGCAGACAGAGAGCUAGAAUCCUGCAUCUGGUGAGCUGGGGUUUUGCCCAAAUAGCACUGUCUUUCUCCUACCCACAGAGAACCCAGGGCAACAGGCUGGGUGCUGACAGACUGAGAGAGGUAACAUUUGCUAACAGAACACAAGUACAUCGGAUGGGUCCGCAGUCUACACAUUGCUAAGAAACCAUCAGGUUGGUUUACAGAGUCGAUGGGAACUUUCCAGACUGCUGAAAAUAACGAUCAGACAGGAUAAUGUGGCUUUUGCACGGUGGUUCUCAAACCUGACUGGCCACGAGAUUUAUCAGUUGAUUUGGAGUAUAAAAGCAGGCGAGGAAGGAACCCCCUUCCCCUGGCCACCUUUAGUUGCCCUUUCCCCAGGAGUAGCCAGUGUUGCGUUUCUUGAGUGUCUUUCUUGAAAGAGCUUAUAAAUAUACAUGCGGUUAUGUAACAAGAUUUAUUUUUUCUUUUUUUUUUUUAAACAUAAAUGGCAGCAAACUAUA